CCCAAUUGAUAUUUGACCCUAACAAAACCCUAAUUUCAGUGUUUGUCUAUAAAUUGAUAUCUGCAGGAAGAGCUAAGGCUUCUCUUGCAUAUUCAUAAGGGAUCGCGUUCUAGUAUUGAAAGUUCUUCCGCGGCGCCGCAAUGGGACACUCCAACGUUUGGAACUCUCACCCCAAAAACUAUGGUCCUGGUUCUCGUACUUGCCGUGUGUGUGGAAACCCACAUGGAUUGAUCAGGAAGUAUGGCCUUAUGUGCUGCAGGCAGUGCUUCCGUAGCAAUGCCAAGGAGAUUGGCUUCAUCAAGUAUCGCUAAGGAGCUUCUGUCACCUCCCUACCGAUGUUAUUUUCUGGCCCUAGGAUAUGCUGAGGAUGUUAUGUUGGAAGAAACUUGAGACUUUUUUUCUAAUUAAUUAUCAGACUUUAUUCUGUGGAUCUAAGAAUACUUUUAAAUAUAUUGUUUUGAAGUAUUGACUUAUAUGAGUGAUCCUUUAUUCAUUCUGCAUCA